GUGUCUAGACAGAUAGAUGUCUAUUACCCAUACCAGUGCUGCUCAGCUUUUUGUGGCAACUUUUACCAGUAGAGUGAUAAUUGCCUGUUCAUGAUGCCAACUGUGGAUUAGCCGUCUUUGAAUCAGUUACCAACAGAUCUACAGCAGUCCAAGGUUCCAGUUUCCACAAGGCAAUAGCAACUUGUUUCUGGAGUGUUAUUCCCUCUUUCAUCCAGGUGUACUGGAGUCCAAGGAUUGGGAUCAGGAAUUGCUGAGUGCUGCAAAAAGGAGCAAGAAAUACUCCUGAUGAAUGUAGUGGUACCUACUGACGGACCCAGCGCACCAUGGCCGAUGAGAUCGACUUCACCACUGGAGAUGCGGGUGCUUCCUCCACCUACCCCAUGCAAUGCUCCGCGCUGCGCAAGAACGGCUUCGUCGUGCUCAAGGGACGUCCUUGCAAAAUUGUGGAAAUGUCAACCUCUAAGACUGGCAAGCACGGUCAUGCCAAGGUUCAUUUGGUUGGUAUUGAUAUAUUCACUGGCAAAAAAUAUGAAGAUAUCUGCCCAUCUACUCAUAACAUGGAUGUUCCAAAUAUCAAGAGGAAUGACUAUCAACUGAUCUGUAUUCAGGAUGGCUACCUCUCUCUGCUGACAGAAACCGGUGAUGUUCGUGAGGAUCUGAAGCUGCCAGAAGGUGAACUAGGCAAAGAAAUAGAGGGCAAAUACAAUGCAGGUGAAGAUGUACAGGUGUCAGUCAUGUGUGCAAUGAGCGAAGAAUAUGCUGUAGCCAUAAAGCCCUGCAAAUAAAUGGGAUCUCCAGGCUCGAGCAAUUGCUCAGGUCCAGACAAACCACAGAUCUUAAAUUUGGUUCUGAUUGUCACCAAAGCUAUGGCCUUCACAAGCAACCUCAUUUCUUUUUGGAUUGUUUCAAAAUAGUGCUGGAUUCUGGAUUAGUGUUGCAGGCUGACUGGCAAUUUUCAUAAUCACUGAGGUUUUAAUUCCUUAUGAAUUGUGUAACUAACAUGCCUGUAGGUUUCAGUUCAUGGGUCCAAGAAACCUGAUGGUUUCAUUCAUUAGCAGGUAUAUUUUAUUUGUUUGGGCAAAACAUGUUUUUCUGUGUAAACAGACAAUGUACAGUAUUCAGGGGAUUUUAGAUAAGAUAGUAGAUGGUAUCUAGGAUUAUAAAUUAACCUAGAACAUAAAUAGUAUUUAGUUUUUUGCCAUAAAAUUUAGCUAGAACUGACAUAAUAUAGAAUUGUUUUAACUUAAAGAUUAAUAUCUUUUUGUAUUGGAAUUCUCACUGAAUUGUGGGUGCUGAUCGCAUUUCUUAGACCAUGAAACUCAAGUGAUUAAAAAAAUGCCAAUUAGCUUGACAACGUCCUGGUGGCCAUGUGCAACUAACUGUAUUACCUCUUGUUAUAAUCUCCCUUCGCCAACUUGUUGGCUUGCUUAUUGUAACUUUAUAAAAAUGUCAAUCUGCCUUUGGUGUAGGGCAGGCAGUCAGAAUGUUGGUUGGAUGUUACAUAGCCAGAUUAAAGGUGCACAAAUAGGUGGGAUUAGAUGUUAAAGUGACAGACUUUCACUUGAGGCCUUUGUCAGACUUAAAAAAUAAAAAUAGAAAAAUGCAGUUCAGUUCUUAUUGUAUUAUCUGAAACUAUUGAAAAGGAGUGAUUAACUCCACAGGAAUCUCUUGCAGUGCUUCCAGUGUUAGGUGUAAAUGUUCAGGUUCUAACUACUUUGAUUUUGUAGCAUAAGGAGUAUAGGUUUUUGACCACUUUUUUUUUUUAAAUGAAUUGUAGCAUUGGAAUUUAAAUGCACAUCUUUUUCUUGUAUAAAGGAAACCUAACUUCAAAUGCAAAAAAGUUUGCAUUUAUAAAAGUAAAAUAUAGGCCCAGCAGACAUCAAUAUAAAACAUAAUCAUGGCUCAAAUAUAGGAGUAGUAUUAAGUUACUACAUGUAACUGUUCUAGAAAUAAACAUGGUAGAAGCUACAUAGGGUUGCCAUCAAUUUAGCAAUUCCUGACUCAUUUAAAAAUGUGUAUUUAGGCAUGACUUCAUUAACUUAUUAAUGGCAAACGUGAAAGGCUCUGCAAAACUGACAGAAUUGUCACUAACUUAGCAUCUUGUGCUUUCUGUAUCGUGCUCUUACACACGAAUUUCAUUCUAUUAUAAAUUCGUUCUCAGACUAGUUCAUGGCUUAAACGUCAAGUCACAUUUUCCUAUAAUGGGGCUUGGCAGAACUAGAUUUUUUUAUAUUAAGCAUUUUUAUCAAAUUCUAAAUUUCAGUUGUAGGAAAUUUGGGAGCAGGGUCAGAUUCAAAGUUAAUUAUAAAUCUCUAAAACACAAAUGGCCAACAUCACGUGUCAAUCUACAUUUAGAUGUCCUUAAAUCAAACUAAGUUCUCAAGCAGCAUUUUUCUUUCUGUACAUUUUGUUUAUCACUGUAGAUAUUUUAGUUGGUUUGUGAGCAUGGUCAAAUGGAUAUUUACUGAGAGAUUAAAAAUCUGUCCUUCCAAGCCUACUUCUAAUGAACGGCUUUAUAAAUUUGCCUUAAUGAAUGGCUAUUGACUAAUUUGGGACGAUUUAAAUACUUGGAAUGCUGCCCUUGCAAAACAUACACUGUUCAUAAUCUUUCAUUGACUGCAGGAGCCAUGACUUCAUGCUACUAUACACUAUCUUAAAAUAGCAGUAGGAACUCUCCAACCUACUAAAGGGGUUGGAGCAGAGCAACUAUCUUAUUUUAUAAGCUGAACUUGUAUAUGAAACCUAGACUACAUCAUGGUAGACUACAGUGACCCUAAGUGAUGAAAAGUAAAACCGACACACUGAAGGUAUGCAUGUGCCUAGUAUACCAUGAUAGAAGGGGACAAGCAUCAUGCAGCUCAGGCUAGCAAUAAAUAGCUACCUAAUCCAUCUCAAAGCACAAUGUACUGUAACUAUCCUUACAGCAGUCAAGUAUCACUACAUAUUUCUGCCUUGCUUACAGGGCAUUGUGAUUGAACUUCCUAAAUAGCACCUUGUUUCGUAUGCAACAAUAAACUUGAUUCUUAAAACAAGGCUCUGCACCCUAUUACAGGCUGAAACCUGUGUAAACUAUAGUGCUUUCUUAAGAGCUAAACCUCAAUACACUCCUUGUCUUCCUGUAGGCUACCAGGAAGUGGAGUGUAGGGGGGGUAGGAGGGGACAACAGUGUUUGUCAUGAUGUUUCAAUAUCUCAUGGUGUGGGUCAAUAAAAAACAGUGCCUCUGGACCUGGUCUUAAGGGCAAAAUGAGGUGCCUGCAACCAGCUAGGAUGUCUAGCACUGACACAACCAAGCUAAUGCAAGUUCUGGCUGCUAUAACUAUAUAUUAAAAUAUAGUUCAAAGGCUGGACAAAUUCAACUAGUGUAGCAUCUUACUGUGUUAGUACAAUUUUAAAGGUCACAUAUGCAACUAAAACAUUUGAUGCAAUCAGACAUUGGAUGCAGCUCAUCCACAAGUAUGUCCAAAAAGUACAGGACUAGCUAUCUCAAAGUAGUCCCUUGAUUGAGAGAUUUCUUAAGGCUAAAAGGCAGUUCUACUAACCACUGCCUGCAGUUCUUCAAAGUGUAGGUUUGAGAUGGCAGUACUUCUCCAAGCAAGAGUUCUGUUGGCUGGUUCUGUAGCAGUCUUGCAUAUAACUAAAUUCCUAUUGCUUAUCCACCUUUGUAAGGCACUUUGAGAUCUAAGAAAGUAAUUUUCUCUAGGCAAUUCCAUAUGUAUGACAACGUAAUAAUUAAUCUAUUACUAGUAUCUUGGACACUUCAUCAGUUAAGUUACAGUAUUAUGUUUUACUAAACUUAAAACCAAUGUUUGAGCCAUUUCUUUAAUGGCAAGCUAUUUCAGCUUACUGUCAAGUCAAUAAACCUUAAAUUUGCUACUAGUAGCAAUUCAAACGGCUGCAUCUUCAGAAACAACAUGAGGGUGAAUUUCUUGCUCUCAAAGCUUCACUUUAAAACAGAUCUCAUCUAUUUACCUGGUUUGUACUACUAGCUUCUAAAUUAAGGCUUUUAUUAACUUGCUGCUACCAGAACAUGAAAACUGCUGCAGUUCCCUAAAUUAAAAGGUGGAAAACUAGAGGGUGUAGGAAAUAUUUUCACUUACUGUUACACUUUUAUGGCACCAGUCUUUAUAGGGUUUUUGUCUUUUCAAUUCUUUAAAUGUACUAUAGGCUGUUUUUUGCCUCAAGUGUUGGUAAAUAUUUAACAACUUAAAUGGACCCUUUUAAUUUUUGCUUGAUAUAGUUGCUUUUCAAUUCAACUAUUGCCAGUUGAGCCAUGAUUUGAAUGCAUUGUUCUCAGGGCUGAAGUUCAUUAUUUUAACAGUAACUGCUUGCAAGUCUCUUACAGGGUUUUUUCUGAUCCAUAGUAGCCUGUAGCUUUCCCAAGAUGGUGCACAUCUGUAUAGUCUCAGAAUACUGUACUCUCCAUAAUCUUUAAAAGAAUCACAUUUGGGACAAGGUCAAACUAUUGUAGUUAGUAGGUUUACUGAAGUCAAGCAUGUUAAAAUAUUAAAUGGGCUUCAAAAUUCAAUAACACUUUUUGUUGAAUAAUUAGAAUAUAGUUUGUUACAAGAAUUCAGGUUUGGAAAGGAAGAUUCAGUAUGUCCUUACUAUUAAGGCUGUUGGGUAUCGCAUUGAAUUUUAUGUAUCAAGACAAUUUUAAUGAAGGUAUAAAUCUUAAUGAAUAUAUUAUGCUGAACAUACGGUGGAAUUUUAGCUUUGCACAGUCCAUUUAGAGCUUCUUGAGUCUCAUUUUAACAUCUGUAGUCUAACCCUAAAGUAUUUGGCUUUUGAGGGUGAUUCUGUAUUGCGGUAAAUAACCAGUGUAAACUUAGAAACUCUCUUGUUUAGUUUAAAUGCUUGCUGCAUAUUGCUGUAAAAUAAAUGAUACCCCAUUAUUCUCAAAUUAUUCUAUAUUAUAAACAUAUCAAGUACUAGUCAAUGUAUUUUUUUAAAAAGGGAGAGGGAAGAGGAGAGGUUUUAAUUACUGUAUUUAUGCAAUGACAUUUUACUAAUCAUAGCAAAAAGAAAACACCCUGUAAGUUAUUGUAUCUAGUCUUUAGGGAUAAGUGAGCAAAUAGACCUAUUGGUUAUCAGCUGGAAGGAUUCAAAUAUUUAUAUAUUGUAGAAGACAUAUUUAAAGUCAUAAAACCAGCAACUUGAAAGGUAUAACUGUACAUCUUUCAUUUGUGUAAUAGUGAAGUUCUCAGUUACUAAGAGUAAGGGAAGUUUGUUUGGCUUACAAAAGAUGAUUGAAAGAAGGCCCUUUAACAUUUAGAUGAUGAUGAAGCUGGCUAAAUGUUUCUAUGAAAUGUUUGCACAUUUGACUUUUAGUUACAGCAAGGGGGAUAGUGGAAGCUAAACUUAAGGUGCAGUCUUGAAAUACCAUUUUUUUUUUUGAUUCACUGCCUUUAGCAAUACUUUUGUUCAUUCCAUGUGAAAAACAUUUUUUUUUAAACUAGAAGGGCUUGUCAAAGUUGUAUUGGGGGUGGGGGGAAGUGCCGACUUUCUUGUCAAAAGAAAUAAAAUCAAACUCUAACAUUUCACAGUGACUAUUUCUUGACAUGUUGUGUAUAUUGUAAAUUUCUCCAAGAAUAAAGAAAUACCAUAGUGA